CUAAUCGAAUUUGGUACAUUCCAAUUGCUGACCUGUACACAAGAUGGCUGCAUUGGAGGAAGAAUUUGAAGAUGCGCCCGACGUUGAGCCAUUAGAACCGACGUUAAAAAACAUCAUCGAGCAGAAAUCUUUAAAAUGGAUAUUUGUAGGAGGAAAGGGUGGCGUUGGCAAAACGACGUGCAGCUGCAGUCUGGCUGUCCAGCUGGCCGCUGUUCGCGAGAGUGUGCUCAUCAUCUCCACUGACCCCGCGCACAACAUCUCAGAUGCCUUCGACCAAAAGUUCUCCAAGGUGCCCACCAAAGUCAAGGGUUAUGACAACCUAUUUGCCAUGGAGAUCGACCCCAGCCUGGGUGUGGCGGAGCUCCCAGACGAGUUCUUCGAGGAGGACAACAUGCUGAGCAUGGGCAAGAAGAUGAUGCAGGAGGCCAUGAGCGCCUUCCCAGGCAUCGACGAGGCCAUGAGCUACGCCGAGGUCAUGAGGUUAGUGAAAGGCAUGAACUUCUCAGUGGUGGUGUUCGACACUGCCCCUACUGGCCACACACUGCGCCUGCUCAACUUCCCCACCAUCGUGGAGCGAGGCCUUGGUCGACUCAUGCAGAUAAAGAACCAGAUCAGUCCCUUCAUAUCCCAGAUGUGUAACAUGCUGGGUCUGGGGGACAUGAAUGCAGACCAGCUGGCCUCCAAGCUGGAGGAGACGCUACCUGUCAUCCGCUCCGUCAGUGAACAGUUCAAGGAUCCCGAGCAGACGACCUUCAUCUGCGUGUGCAUCGCAGAGUUCCUGUCCCUGUACGAGACGGAGCGGCUGAUCCAGGAGCUGGCCAAGUGUCGCAUCGACACGCACAACAUCAUCGUCAACCAGCUGGUGUUCCCCGACUCUGAGCGGCCCUGCAAGAUGUGCGAGGCCCGCCACAAGAUCCAGUCCAAGUACCUGGACCAGAUGGAGGACCUGUAUGAAGAUUUCCACAUAGUCAAGCUACCACUGCUGCCCCACGAAGUACGAGGCGCCGACAAGGUCAACACCUUCUCCCAGCAACUCCUGGAGCCCUACAACCCCCCCACCAAGUGAGAC